AACAUCAUUCUUUCAAGCCCCCACAUAUUUAUAUUUAUAUAUAGUAUCUCCCAUUUGUUUUUAAGGGUAGCUAGAAAGUUGAAAAAAUAUAGAGAGAUAAAUUUUAUAAAGUGAUGGAAAAUUCAAGAGUGGUGUUAAUGAUGAGUGGUGUGGUGAUUUUAGGGAUGUUGUCAUUGUGGCCAAUGGUGGUUAUGGGAGGUCCAGUGCUUCAUAAGGUUGGAGGAGGCAAAGGUUGGAAUGAACAUGUCAACUAUACUAUAUGGUCUUCUCAAGAACAUGUCUAUGUUGGUGAUUGGCUAAUUUUUAGGUUUGACAAACGAUACUACAAUGUGUUGGAAGUGAACAAGACAAACUAUGAGUAUUGUAUAGACACCAACUUCAUAAAAAACGUGACACGAGGUGGUCGUGAUGUGGUUCAAUUGACAGAGGCAAGAACAUACUACUUUCUCUCUAGUGGAGGUUAUUGCUUUCAUGGAAUGAAAGUUGCUAUAGAUGUUCAAGAACAUCAACCAGCUGCACCAUCUCCAUCUCCAACGGCUAAAUCCAGUGGUGACUCUUUUUUGCCAUCAAUGUUCACAUGCUUUGGAAUUAUUGUUGCUAAUGUGGUUUAUGUGACUUUGGUUUCAAUGGGCAUUUUUUGAAUGAAAUGUUAAAACAGCUUGAAUAAUACUAGUUCCUUUCUUUUUUAGGGUUGGGUACUUGUUACUUUAACCCAUAUUGAACAUGGUUGCUUGCUUGUGGUAGAAGGAAACAAAAAAGUAAAUUUAACUAAAGGAUUUGUUUUACUUU